AAAUAGAAGUUGUAAGAGCUUGCUUACCUUCGCCAGGCUAGAACUAUUGCGGCCUCAUAGGCAUUAUUCAUCUGUUUCCGUAUAGGGUGCCUGGUUUGACCUUCCAAAGUCUCACGUACACCUUCUCAACAUUCGGCGCCACUGGAUCACAUUCGGAUUCCUCUCCGUUCAAUAGCACGUAUUGAAGCGCUCCAUGCAUCAGCGCAGUCGCAGUCGCAGUCGCAGUCAGCACCGGUCUUUGUUGAACGAUAGCCGAGGACUGAUCUCCCCUCAUCCGCCUCCCGCAAAACGUCCUCGCCAUCUCAUCAGCACCGCUUGAGGUAGCAGCAACUUCUUGCGUCAGUGGUUGAUUCUCAUCACUUUUAUCAUGUCACUACAAUCUACUUUGCCGUGGACACGCAGUCCGCUCGUCAUCAACGCUCCGAUGGGCGGAUUUGCGUUGGCAGCACUGGCCACUGCCGUAACGCGAGCGGGUGGUCUGGGUCUGAUAGGCUCUGAUGGCGACAUGCAAAACCUCCUCGUGGAGCUGACACAGGCAGACAAGAACCUGAACCGACACCAUGGCCUCCUUCCCAUCGGAGUGGGCUUGCUGGUCUUUGUGACGAAGGAGCACGACGCAUUGCCGAUACUGCAGAAGUUCAAGCCGGCCGUGGUCUGGCUGUUCGCCGCGAAGGACAUCAGUGACUACACGAAAUGGACAGAGAGCGUGCGUCGAAUCUUGCCCAAAGCCCAGGUAUGGAUCCAGAUUGGCUCCGUGGAGGGAGCAUUGUCCAUUGCGAAGAAUGCUCGGCCGGAUGUCUUGUGUAUUCAGGGCAGUGACGCUGGCGGCCACGGGUACGAGAAAGGUGCCGGUAUCAUCUCAUUGCUGCCAGAAGUCGCCGAUGCGUUGUCAAAUGCUGGAUGUGAUCACAUCCGCCUGGUGGCCGCGGGCGGCAUCGCGGAUGGGCGAGCGGCGGCUGCUGCGUUCACUCUUGGUGCGCAAGGCGUCGUACUGGGCACACGCUUUCUGGCUGCCUCCGAAACGAAAGUGCAUCCCGAAUACCGCAAGGCUAUUCUCGCCGCGAAUGAUGGAGGUCAGAAUACCGUCCGAUCGAAACUGUUUGACAACCUGCGUGGACCGAAUGUCUGGCCUGGGUUAUAUGAUGGGAGGAGUAUCGGUAUGGAAAGCUUCAGAGAACACGUGGCAGGUGCUGACCUGGACGAGAUCCGCAAGCGGCACAAGACAGCUCUCCAGACCGAGAGCAAAGGUUUCGCAGAGGACGGGUCUGGGAGAGCAGCAAUGUGGGCGGGAACUGGCGUAGGAUUGGUCAAGAGGGAGGAGCCCGCGGAUGACAUUGUGGAAGCAAUACGAGCGGGCAUCGUCAAGGCACUCGAAGGAGCUAAUGCUCGCCUGUGA